AUGCCGCAUCAAGUAGACGAAGAGGACCUUGCAGAGGUCUGGGUGCUUGUCAAUGAGCUCACAGAGCAACUGGCGAACAAUCGGGCCCUCGUGCAGCAGCUGAAGGCGCGCACCGAGAAUGUCAAAGGGCAAGCGGUGCAUGUCGGUGCUGGCUUCCCUCUCCGCCGGUUCAACCUCGACAUCAGUGACGAGGAAUUUCAGACGGAGCUCGAGGCGUUCGCAUCGCACCUGGUGCUGGAGAACCAGACGUUGCAGCACGAGAACAAGCAGCUGAACACCCUGCUGAAGGAGUAUGAGCAGACGCUUGAGACGGUGAUGGGCAAGUUCCGUGGCGUUGCUCAUCACGAUCUUGCGUUGCAUAGCUACUACUCCCAGCUGCUGCAGAGCCUGCAGACGGCACACUCGACAGCCCAGCUUCAUGACGAUACUUCUCUCUCCCUGCUUCUCACUCGUCUUUCGACUCUUCUGCGUUCCGCCCUCCGUACAUCCAAUGGCGAGGAAGUCGAUGGCGACCUCCUCGACAGCUUGACGCUAGAGGAGCCUCGCGCGAGUGGUCCGGCGUCGACGAGUCCAGCGAUAUCCGUCUCCCCGCAGAGCUCACCAACACGGUCACCCGAGCGUGGAUCAGCAGGUGCGACAAGCUCAGGAGGCACCGGCUCUGGCGGUGCUACGUCCAGCAGUCGUCGGCGCAGAGGCGAGUUUGGCUUCGUUCCGGGCUCUUCAGGCGGCUACUUCGGAACCGAAGGACAGGGCGACUGGGCUCUGGAGCGCGAGAUGGAGAUUCAACGUCUCGAGGAGGAGAACCGAGCACUGCGCGAGAUGCUCGGCAUUGCGACGGACGCGCCGCCAAGCCCUCCGCCACAGCAGCACUCUCCCAUCAUCGGGGAAGACCGUCGUCUAUCGGCACUGACGAUCGACGAGCUCGAAGCCGACGCCGAGAAGGAGGAAGCGGAGAAGGAGCGCCUCGGCGAUGCGCCGGAAGAGACAGAGGAGAAGGCCGAAGUCGACGAGAGCGUGCUCGGCAUUCGCGCGCAGGCGGACCAGGCACCACCGCCCGAGAACGUGUUCGACGAGACAGAGGGCGAGAUCGCUUAG